CGCUUUUCAAGCGGUUCCGCCAUUGCUGUGAGCUUGGAGUAGUUUUCCUUGCUUUUGCAAAGUCAAGAAAAAUAUAAACGAGUUGAUAUUAUUUUAAUAAGAAAAUACAGUAUAUUCACACACCCAGAAUAUAAGGUUAAAAUGAACACAUCAGACGAUGUGGAUAAAACAUCGCCAGGAAAAUGUCUCUUGGAUAAUUGGGUGGAAGAGAGGGCCACAUCAUUUCUGGAUACUGAGGAAUCCAAAGCUCACAUUUCCAAACAUGGACACAAAGGGAUUAUUUCUAUGGACCUGGUAUCUAAAGCUCAAGAUGUCACGACAGUGAAAGAGGAUUUCAUUCCCCCUGUGGCUCCUCAGAUAAGACAGAGGGGGCUACGAGAAGAACUUUUAGAAAAAGCCCUUUACAAGACAAUAAGCCAGCAGGUGGAUGAAGAAUUUAAUCCUGGUCCUCCUCCAGCUGAGUUUAUCUCCACCACAAGAGAGGACUUCAAAGUACCUGGGUUUCAAUCAGUACCCCCCUCUCCCUCCAAGGAACAUGAUUACAAAAGUGACCAGGCCAUUUCUUUUUGGAGUGAGAACUAUCAGAAGGUACAGCGUGUAACAGCAGUCAGGACAAGCGACACUCCAUUCAGAAAGAAUGCAGCAUUCAGCACACCUAUUGGUCAACGUCUAGAUGAUCCUGUGACACCUGAGAAUAGUCCAGAUGUCUGAGCUUGGAACACUGGCUUAAACACGCAUAUACUGUACACAAACUAUGUCGCACAUUAUUUUAUUGCUGUGUAAUUACUGCACAAUUCUUUAACUUUUUGAUUUUUGUCUUCCUAUGCAUAUGUUAGGAUAUUUAACUGAAUUGCUGCCAGUAACUUAAUUCUUUCUGGAAGUGAAAUUCCACCUGUGUCUUUUUAGGGGAAUUUACAUAUAAGUAACAAAACAACACAUACCGUUAAGCAAUAAAUACCAUUUCGCACCAUUACUUAAAACUAUUAUUUUUAUUUUAUGAUGCAAGUUUUUCAAGUCCUGUGAAACCCUUUAACCUAAGCAAAGACCAGCCAUACAGUGGCUAUUUUCACAUACUCAACCGCCCUCCUUAUUUAAGUCAAUAGGUUGAUCUAUGUCUGGACUGCAGGGUGGGAGGGGAUUAGGAGAUGAGAGAGUGGCCUCUGAUGGGAGCCUGACAUGAGGGGUCAUAAAAGGGUAAUCCAUCCCUCCAAGCAAGCAGAGAGGGCUGUACAUACAUCACUGAGCUGGGCAAUAUGUUGUUGCACACCUCUGCUUUUAUGUGAUUGUCUUUCAGAGUGCUUCAUGAAUCUGAGUGAGAAUGACCAUGCUGAGUGUUCUCAGGUUUAUUUAAAGGUGUACACUAAUUGAUUGAUUGAUUGAAUGUACCGCUACAUGUUUUCCAAGCACAAAGAAGUGCAUUGCAUUUUAUUAAGCCGCAGUGUUCGCUUAUCAGCCCAGAGAGGUUUCCGUUCCAUACAGCAUUGUGCUGUUGUGUUGGUCAGUGGUAGGAUGCAGAACCUCUUGGGUGUUUAACAGCCAGAGAUUGCAUUUGCCCUGUAAACUAUGUUAAAUGCAUCUGGACGACUUACAAUUUGUUGGCAUAUAUUAUAUUAAAAUCAUUUUGGUUUGCACUAAAUUUGGGAAUUUCA